AUGACAUAUAUCCCGUAUGCAGAGGUGUUUUUCUUUCUAUCUGACUCAACAUUUGGUGCCGUGGCCAUUGGGAAAUUAAUAGCAAACUACAAUAGAGAUGGAUGUGAUCAAGUUAAAGGCACAGCGUUCAGGCCAUCGUGGAGUUAUAACCAAAAUUUUGAGGAGAAUGAAGAUGAAAAUGGAAAAGCUGAAAUGAUCAAGAUACUGGAAGAGAAAUGGGACACAUUAGAAAAAAUCAACAGCCAGAUUCUACAAGAACUAGAGAAAGAGGAAGAAAUUCAAAUGGAGAUCGAAGAUUCAGAUGAUUUGACCAACACCAACUACAGACAAGCAAUAGAUGUUUUAUUUGAAAGAUACGGACAAAAUCACAAAAUCAUCAAAGCCCAUAUCCAAACUUUGAUUGACAUACCAUUCCCAAAGUCUAAUCCGGACAGUUUGAGAAACUUCUUUGACAGAAUGGAGUGCUGCAUUAGAGCAUUAGAAGCUUUAGGAACUGAUGAAGCCACCUAUGGGACAAUUUUAACUCCAAUGUUAUACAACAAACUACCAGCAGAAAUUCGGAAGAACAUCACCCGGGACAAAGGAGAUGAUCAAUGGGAACUGCAUUCACUGAGGAGAGCCAUUAAGAAGGAGCUAUGUGUUCAAGAUGCUGGACAGGCAAUGCACUCAAAACAGGAAGCACAGGAAUUCAUUCCAACAGCUAACUUUGUUGCAGGGUCAAGCCAUAUAAGGACCAACAAGCAGGAAAUCGUGAAGCAAUGCUUAUUCUGCAAUGGAAAUCAUUCACCAAUCAAUUGCCAUAAUGUCCAAGACUACGAUAAGAGAAUAUCAAUCAUCAAACAGAAGAGAGUGUGCUUCAAUUGCUUUGGAAAUCACAAAGUAAGUGAAUGUCAAUCAGAUUUCAAAUGCCGGAAUUGUAAGAAGUUUCAACACACAAGUAUUUGCAAGAAUUCGCAACUACCUCGAAGUUCCUCAGAGAGAGAUGUUACAAAGUCCGAAAGCACACAAUCGAAUCAAACCCGUCAACGAGAGCAGUCGUUCCAGCUUCACUCUUCAACACAGGUGACAGCCAACACUGAAGUGCUACUGAAAACUGCUGUGACACCAAUUUGGUAUGGAAAUCAAGAAAUCAGCUGUAAUAUAUUGCUUGAUGAAGGGGCUCAAAAUUCUUUUAUUACCGAGGAGCUAGCACAGAAACUUCAUGUUAUAUCAAAUGGAACCGUUACCCUAAGAAUGUCAGCAUUUGGAGACAAAAAUAGUGAAAUUUGUCAUCUCGAGAAAGCAACGGUACAGCUAUAA